AUGACUCUAACCGCAUCUGCAACACAACGGUUUGCUUCCCAUUCAUCAUAUAUGGCUGAGCUUUCGGACCACGAUUGCGAUAUCAUCGCAAACCAUCCUCUAAGCGACUCACUAUACCGAUUACAAGAUCUACUUCAAGAGGCAGAACAAGCAUAUAAUGCUACCACUGACCCUCAAGAUGCAAUCUGCCAAAGGGCAAUAUCAAAGCUUCUCACCACCUUGAUGGGGGAGGAAGCCGCAUUCAACCUUCGUUUUCCAGCAAGCAAUAAAAAUGUGGCAUCUGAGCUGUCAAGAUUGUUCACCUGCCUUCAAGAUGGCGACUUCAGCUACGAACACUACCGCACACUAGUACGACUUAAAAUCCAAAAGGCGACCAAUGUCGAUAUCUGGAAAGCUGUCCUCGACCUCAUCACCACCGUCUCGCGAGCAACCCCUCCGCCCCGAACCGUUUCAUCCAUUCCACAAACUCCCUGGCUGCGCAACACCAGCAGUUUCGUCAACUCUACAGAAUAUCGAAAACACGUUGAUGCUGUGCUGAAGGAGGAGCUUGGAGAGAUACACGUCGAUAUCCCUGGGUUCUUUGACGCGGGAGACAACCCACUUUACGGUGAAGAGGAGGGCUGGCGGGGCUGGCCUGAACUUGCGGCAGAAAAAGACGUUCUGGGAUGGCUGGCUAACAUCAUCGCUGAGCUCGUACGAUUAGCCGAAGCGCAAGAGCCGUCCUGGAAGAUCGACCGCAGACCUCUCGCACAGCCAAGCCAGCCACUACAGGGGUCUAUCGCGGAGAGAAAGCUCGAUAUCGGCUUUGUCGAUGAUCCGACGGCCACAGAAGACUCCAGAUGCCGCUGGUCGCAGAUCCUGGUGCCAGGAGAGCUGAAGAAUGACCCGAAAUACGACAGGAAAUCCGGGGCAUGGUUUGAUCUUGGCAGGUAUUCCAGGGAGGUCCUUUCUGCGCAGGACACUCGUCGUUUCGUGCUGGGGUUCACCCUUUGCGGGCCAUUUCUGCGACUAUGGAACUUUGACCGCCUGGGCGGGAUCGCGUCGGAGGAGUUCAACAUCAACCAGGACGGCCUUCAAUUUGUGUCUGUUGUCCUUGGAUUCCUCCUGAUGAGCCGGGAGCAACUUGGGUUUGAUCCCACCAUCGUCACGACCGGAACCGAACGGUAUAUCGAGAUUGAGAAAGACGGUACGAAGGAACGGCUGAUCAUCGACGGGAUUGUCGGACGAGCACGCUGCGUCGCCGGGCGAGCCACAACCUGCUGGAAGGCACACUGUGAGACUGACAAAUUACGGACGCCGCUGGUUGUCAAGGACUCCUGGCAGUAUCCGGAACGCACUGAGGAAGGAGAGUUGUUGCGAGAAGCGAUGGCGAAGGGGGUCAAGAAUGUGGCGAGGUACUAUCACCACGAAACCGUUCGCAUUGACGGCAAGGUUGAUGAUGUCUUGGCUUUCCGAAAGGGCCUCAGUAUUCCGACGAAAGAUGAGAAGGGUGGCUUUAAGGCGACAGUGCGGCGUAGUAUGUCUCAAAGAGGACAAAAGAGCCAGGGCAGCACCGCCGGCCAAAAGCGAUCCUCUGACUGCGUGGACACAGCGCUUCCUCCUCCCCCAAGCAAACGUACCCAGUCAAGUUCUCCGUCCAAACCUGCCGGCGGCUCAACCCAAUUAAACCGAGUGCACCGCCGCGUCGUUAUCCGGGACUACGGGAAACCAAUCUACCAGAGUAGCUCGAAGGCAGUUCUGCUCGCUGCGCUGGCCGGCUGUAUUGAAGGAUACAUGUCACUUCAUGACGAGGCUGGCCUCAUCCAAUGCGACGUUUCCCCCCGGAACCUGAUGGUGAACGAAGACAAGGACAACCCAUCAUGGCCUGCCUUUCUGAUCGACCUUGACCUGGCAAUCAGGGUACAACGGGAUGCGUCUUCCGGCGCACGGGGCAAGACUGGCACAAGAGCGUUCAUGGCCAUCGGUGUCUUGUACGGCGAAAAGCAUUGUUUCAUGCAUGAUCUGGAGUCGUUCUUCUGGGUCCUGUUCUGGAUAUGCAUUCACUAUGACGGCCCAGGGAAGGGAAGCACUGUCGAGCGGUUUGAGAAAUGGAAUUAUAUGAGUACUGAAGAGCUGGCGGCUGCAAAGCAAGGAGUGAUAAGUGAGGAGAGCGACUUUCUUAGAAUUGCUGGAGACUAUUUCACACCGAGCUAUCAGUCCUUGAUCUCUUGUGUCAACCGUUUACGACGGCUUGUCUUUCCAAACGGCGGACGGUGGAAGAAAGAAAAUUCCAAUCUAUCCCGGAACAUGAUUGAAACGCUUCAAGAUGCGGAAAAUAACCCAAACAUUGUAAACUAA